CUGCCAACUGUUACGAAAAAAGCGUAAUUGUUACGAAUUAAUGAAAAAAAUACGAAAUUACGAAAUUGCUCUUGAAAGUUACGAAUUCGACAAUGUCCGCCCCAGUUUUUGAUUUGACAACCGAAUUCACGGAAUUCGGAUUUGGAUCGAUUCUUUUUUGUCAUGUACUCACAUUGAUUUCAUUGGAAAUAAAACCGAAACGUUGAAAAACAUGGAAUCGAUACUUUUUCUCUUGUACUUGCGUUGUUUCUAAUGCGAACAAAACAGAAACACUCACACGUCGGUUAGUAGUAUCGAUACUAUUACGUUCUUUUCAUUGCAAAACCGAAAUACAGAAGAAUAACUGAGUGUAGAUUUGAAAUCAAGUCCUUGGAUACUGUCAUUUUUGUCUGCUUACGCCACCGCUAUGAACCUGUGCUGCGCAGUUUAACGUUCCGCAAUCCAAAGUAUCGUAAUUGGAUUGUUUAUACGCACACGCAUACUGGGACCGAGGUUGCACUGAAUGUUCCCGCACGAUGCGCAGGCGGACUAAAUCCGAUCAAUUACGGACUUGUUUUCAAGUCUAAUGUGAAGAGCGUUAUUGCUGGGCACCAGCGAGUUCGUUUAUGUACGUGUGUAUAAACACUGGGAACCAGCGUGCGAGUGCCACCGAAAAAUCGCCAUGUGUAUAUACCGUACCGCGCUGCGCUGCACCGCGUGUAUUUAGGUAGUUGUUGUGCACGUAUUUAUUUGACGUUCGUAGUUUUCACGGAACAAUUUUUCACACUUAAUGUUACGUGAGCGACAUCACCAUGACUACCAAGGCAACCAGAAAGGGUCAGUUUUACGGGAAAAAAUACGGACAGGAAUUUGAUUUCAUCACAUCGUCAAAAAAGGACAAACAGCAUGCGUUCUGCAAGGUAUGUAGGCGAGAUGUCUCCAUCGCACACGGCGGUCGUAAUGACAUCGUUAAGCACACAAAAUCAAAACUGCAUGUAGAUAGCAUGAGCAUGAGGACCGAAGCUCAUUCAACAAUGAAACUGACAUCGUGGGCAUCCACAUCACAAGAUUUAAAUGUCACACGAGCUGAGUGCUUGUUUACAGCAUUUUACUUGGAACACAACAUUCCACUCUCUGCAGCUAGUCAUGUCGGGCCUUUGUUGAGAAAAGCCUUUCCAAAUUCUGAGGAGGUAAAGAAGUUUUCAAGUGCUAGGACCAAAACUACAUGUUUGGUGCAUGAAAUGGCUAAAGAUGGUCAGAGCAGAAUGAUAUCGUCUAUGAAAGCAAGCCCAUUUGCCAUUUCCACUGAUGGAAGCAACACAAGUAGUAGCAAGCUGUACCCAAUCGUCGUCAAUUACUAUGACAGUGAGGUCAAGCAAGUUGUCUGUUCAUUGUUGUCAAUGACUGAAUUGGAAGAUCAGUCAACUGGUGAAAACAUUGCAAAACUUCUCAUAACAGAAUUGAAAAAGCAUGAUGUGCCAUGGCAAAAUUGUACCGCAUUGGGAUCGGACAACGCAUCUGUGAUGGUUGGUCGUCUGAAAGGAGUUGGGACUUACUUGAAAGAGUGUCAGCCUGAGAUAAUUGUUCUUGGUUGUCCAAAUCAUCGGAUUGAUCUUGCUGCAAAGGCUGCAUCAUCUGCAAUUCCUUUUUCCAUUGAUUCCCUUCUUAUUGAUGUGUUUUACUAUCUUGAGGCUAGUGUUAACAGGAAGUUGGAAUUGAGAAAAUUCCAAAAACUAUGCGGUAAUGAGGUUCAAGCAGUUUUGAAGCAUGUUUGCACCCGAUGGCUGUUUCUUGGUCAGUGUUUACCACGCUUUCUCAAUCAGUGGAAUGCACUCCAAAUCUUCUUUGAGGAGGAGCAAAAGCCCAAGGGGAAAGGGGCCAAAAAGCAAAGCCCUGCUGACCAAAUUUCACCAAACAUCCAGGCAUUUCGUAUUCCAAAGAUGUUACCUGGUAGUUCCAACAUGACAAGCAAGUCUGCAGAUGGUGUGUCCUCGAUACUCGCCAGUAAAUCUUCGUCCUCCAGCACUCCACCCAGUACAUCAAAAGGAUCAAGUCCACAAAGACAUGCUGCAUCUCAAGGAGAAAAACGCCAAGUUGACGGAACAGUUCAGACUUGUAAAAGACAACGGACUGAAAGUGUCAAGACAACCAAGAAACCAAAUGUACAUCCACCUGUAGCAGCGGCCAGCAAGGUUGGAAAACCGUCGGGAUCAUCUAAGAAGAAACCAAGUACACCUAAGCCUUCUGUAGCUUCAAGUCAUGGCCGAAACACUUCAAAAACUGAAGAGGGGAAUGAAGAAACAAGACAGCAAAGGAUUGCUACAGCACUACAGUCCAAGUAUAAACUUGCCGUAGCACACUUUCUCAGUCAAAGUAUAUCUGCAUUUGACAGAAAAAGUGUCAUUCUUCAGACAAGAAGUCCUUAUGUACAUAAACUGAAAAGAGAACUGGAAGGGCUGUUGCUUGAUCUCUACAGCAAAUUUGUAGAACCAGAGGCCAUUAAAGCUGUCACUGACUUGACAUAUGUCAACUACAAGAACCCCAAGAAUCAAAAAGAAGACAAGGAGCUUGUCAUUGGAAGUGAAACAAGAGACAUCAUGGACAAAGAGUUAGAUGACACUGACUGCAAGAAGUUUUUUGCAAUGGUGCGUCUGUAUUACACAAAGGCUUGUGAUUAUAUUGUCACAAAAUUUCCUUUGAAAUCUGUUGUUCUUGCACAUGCUGAAGUAGCAGAUUGUAGUCUGAGAGUGAAUGCCAAGUUCUCAUCUGUUAAGUAUUUCACAGACAAGUUUCCCUGCAUGCUGUUUGUUAAAGAAGAUGAAACGAAGUACGAGGCUACAGAUAUACUACAGAGUCAGUUUCUUGCGUAUCAACUUGCUGAUAUUCCAGAGGCAGUACAGAAUGAAACAGAUUGUGACAAGCAAUGGGCAGUACUGGCUGCAGAGAAGGAUCCAUCUGGGCAGCUAUGUUAUGACAGACUUGCAAAAGUCAUGCUGGGCAUCCUCACAAUUCCACACAGCAAUGCAGAAUGUGAACGGGUAUUUAGCCAAGUGAGGAAAAACAAGACAGACUUCAGGGGAUCGAUGAGCACUGAUGUACUGUCCUCUGUGCUGAUCACAAAAGCUCAACAGAGAGGUCCUUGCUACUCCAGAGACUUUGAUGACAAGUUUCUCAGGAGAGCAAAAUCGGCAACUUACAGAACCCUCAAUGAAAGUGAUGCGCGGGUCCUGUAGUAGGUAUGUUGCAUCCCUUUUAUUUUGUUCAUGAGAUAGUGGUGUUCGUUAAAUGACAUGUGAAACAAAAAUUGUUCUUAUAAUUAAACAAA